UUGGGAGUCUGUUUGUUAAAAAAUUUACAUUUCUAUUUUUAAAAAAAUGACUCAAAAAAAGAUUCGUUCAUUUUGAUGAACUUGAUUCAAACAACCGAGUCACUAAAUUGAUUCAAACGUUCCUUCAAUUUGUGGACAGUAGAGGGCAGUAAUACAGGUAAAACUUCGAAGAAGAAGAAGAAAUCCGUUAUUUCGUUAAUGUAAAUAUAAUAUCAAGAGCGACAUGACCCCAUUUCCCUGAAGCCAGGCGGCCAUAUUUUUACUAAUAUAACUAGCUAUGCAGAUUUAAAAUUACUGUUGAUUUAAAGGUUUAUUUUUGCAAAUUUGUAAGCUGCAGCUUUAAGAACCAACAUGGCCGACAGGCUCCGCCUCCUGACGUCACCUCACGUUACAACUCCAUGAUUCUGCUGAUCAUCUGCACACAAAGACACAGAUAGAGCUUAGUGAGAUAAAACAUAGACAGUGGUUAUAUAUCUGAGAUGGUUAAAAACGUUCUCUAAGGGCAGGAGUCAGUUUAGGAUUGAAAGCUUUUUGACACUGACAUCUAAACAGCAAUCUACUUUUGUUUUCAGGAAGGAAUGCCUAAUUGCGAAUCUUGUAAUUCUACAAACACACCAAGGGAUCCCAGUAUAAGAAAAUCAUAAAAGAUUAAACAAGAGAAUUCAUUCUCUACUCUUCAGAAUCUCCAGCUGUCAGACGACUACAGUACAUCUGGUACUCGCCACUCUUGCAGACAAAGGAAAAAUACAAUUUACCUCUGCUCUGAGUUUUAAAAAUUAAAGUAGUCUCUUAAUACACCAGGUCAUUUACACUAUCACUGCUGACAGUGCAGGAGGUCUUUCAGCAAUAGUGGAAAUGUAGUAAAACACCAGCGGGUCUACUUAGAAGAGAGAGAAGCCUUAUUACAUCAAAAUGAGUUUUACUAAGGAGAAUAAUCUUCAAACACAGUCAGAAGAGAAGCCAUAUCACUGUACAGUGUGCGGAAAGAGUUUUAGUGUGAAAGGAAGUUUCGUUAAACACCAGCGCACUCACACUGGAGAAAGGCCUUAUUCCUGCACAGAAUGCGGAAAGAGUUUUUCUCAACUUGAAGAGUUAAUAAGACACCAACGGGUUCACACUGGAAAUAAGCCUUAUUACUGCGCAGAGUGUGGAAUGAGUUUUAAACUACAGAGUCAAUUCCAAAUACACAAGCGCGAUCACACAGGAGAGAAGCCGUAUCACUGCUCAGAUUGCGGGAAGAGUUUUAAACUCAAGGACUAUUUAGUAAUACACCAGCGGAUUCACACUGGAGAGAAGCCGUAUCACUGCUCAGAAUGCGGAAAGAGUUUUAGGGCUCGAAGUCAUUUUGCGAGACAUAAGCGCAUUCACACCAAAGAGAAGCUGCAACACUGUUUACAGUGCGGGAAGAGUUUUCUUGACAGAAGUAGUUUUGCGAAUCACGAGCGCACUCACACAGGGGAGAAGCCGUAUCACUGCGCAGAGUGCAUGAAGAGUUAUAACACCAAGGAUGCUUUAGCAAUACACCAGCGGACUCAUACCGGAGAGAAGCCGUACCACUGCUUACAGUGUGGCAAGAGUUUUACUAACAAAAGUAAUUGUGCGAAACACGAGCGCACUCACACAGGAGAGAAGCCAUAUCACUGCACAGAAUGCGGGAAGAGUUUUAAAUCUAAAGAAUAUUUCAAAAUGCACCAGCGGAUUCACACUGGAGAGAACCUGUACCACUGCUUACAGUGCGGCAAGAGUUUUACUAACAAAAGUAAUUGUGCGUUACACAAGCGCACUCACACAGGAGAGAAGCCAUAUCACUGCACAGAAUGCGGGAAGAGUUAUAAAUCUAAACAAUAUUUAGAAAUACACCAGCGGAUUCACACUGGAGAGAAGCCGUUUCACUGCACAGAAUGCGGAGAGAGUUUUACACAACAGAAGCAUGUCCAAAGCCAUCAUUGCGUUCGUUUAGCAGAGAAGAUGCUCAAGACAGUCAGGAAGAAGAAAUCUUGAAACAAACCAUCGCCGUCAUACAUAUGCAAAAAGCCUCAUGACUGUUAACUCUGUGGACUGAGCUUUAUUUAAACAUGUACAUUUAGGGCAUACAGAUGAAUUGUCAAGAAAUUUUAUUACUAUUAUUAUUAUUAUUAUGGGUGUGAUGGUACUGGCGUCAUGAUUUAAUUUACACUGAUUCUCAGACUGUCAGACUUAUUGUCAUAAGUCUUACAGUCCUAAUUCUCUUCAUCUCUGUUUAGUUUUUAAUGUAUUAGUAUUGUUAAAACAUUUGUAGUGGAUAACGAGGCUCCUAAAGAGAGAGACAGCAGUCAGUUUAUCACAUCCCAGAGCCCCGCUCCCAGCCAGCAAGUCGCCAUCCCGAUAAUCUUAUCUGAUCCACGAUCAUAAAGCAGCGUCUGCCAAACGAGGCUGCGAUUUUAUCUGAUUCGCGAUCAAAGCUGCAAGAAACUUUACAAGGCGUAAAGACAAGGCGCCUCGAAAUAAACCCCAAAAACAAGGUUGUAAAUCAGCAAUCUGGUCAACAAACCAGACCGUUUUACAGCUUCACCCUGAGCUGGAGGGGGGGGGACCACCAAGUCACAUCUGGACACUCUCUUGACCUCCGGAGCACAUGCCUUUCAAUGAACAAAGGCAUAGGGCAUGGAUACUAUUUUAAAACAUCUUUAAAGUGGGCCAGUAGGGCAAAAUGUAUUUACACAUAUUCACUCAGUAUUUUUUAUUUCUUUUGUACAUGUUUGAUUAUUCUGCAUAAUUUUAAAGGUGUAAUCAGCAUUUACAAACUCCUUUUAUUAAAUAAAGGAAAGAAUGAGUGGGUAAGAUAUGUAAUGUUUGAUAUUAAUCUAAAGCUGGCUUUAUUCAAAAAACAUUGGUGAACAAAAGUGGUAGCAUGAACAGAGCUCAUGCAAAAUUACUUUAUAAAAAGUAUUAAAAACUCCAACCGCAUGGGUCCCACGUGACAGCUGAAACACCAGGCUAAGGUAUGCACAAAAGGGGGAACCACAUAAGGCGUGGCUAAGCCCCGCAACCACAUCCGAUUGGACCAAUCACCCGUGGGACGGACUGACCCCGAAGGGAUAAAAACCCUAAGGAAGUUUACAACAGUAAGAGGGAGUUAACAUCUACUACUGCAACCUACAACAUCUUCCGAGCAGCUCGGGCUUUCGCCCUUGCGGGCGGUUUGCCACCCCUGCUGGCGUCAUCCACUCUUCAAGAACUCUCAACGAGACUUUGUGCCAGAACUCCAAAAUCUGCUAAAACAUAACAGGCUGUGAUGGGUUGGGUAUUCCAAUUGCAUUUCUAUUGUGGCCUUUUGUUUGCAUUGCGUUGAGUCUUUGUACACAGGUUUAAAACAAUAGUGGACAGUAGAGGGCAGUAAUGCAGGUGAAACGGUGAAGAAGAAUAAAUCUGGCUGAUCCGUUUAUGUGAAUAUAAUAGCACGAGCCGACAUGACGUAAUUUCCCUAAAACCAGGGCAUAUUGGAAUACUUAAAACAUAGCGACGUGAAACGACGUUAUUUACACAACAAUAAUUUAUUUACAGAACCAUGUAGGCUAAAAUUAUUUUCAAUUGAAUUUGUAAAUGAUACAUUUUAUUCCAUUUGAGUGUUUCAGUGUAACAGCCUUAUACUGAUAAAAUUAUUUCCAGGCCAAUGUUUACAAAGUAUACAUAUGUAUAUACACAUUACGUAAUUGUAAAAAUUUAUAUAUUUCUACUAAUACAACGAAAUUAAGAUUGCUGUUGAUUUAAAGGUUUAUUUUGAGAAGCCCCUGUCUGCUGCCUGCAGAUCAGGUGGCGGGGCUGAAUCUGGG